GGCACAUAACCUCUUGAUGCUCGCGCACGCGGCGUUGCGCUUGCAGGAGGUGUGAGAGCCCCCAUGCCAGGCUGCAGACGCUCAGUGUGCGUGCACACACUCCUCCGCUUUCGCUCGACAGACUGGAUGAACGAUGCGUCUGUUAACUGUCUCAACUUUGCUCCUGUCCUUCAGCCCAGAUGUUGGUUAAGCAGGAAACCCGGCGCCAAUCCUGCCUUUCUUAAAUGGCUGGCCCUUCAGAUCCAGUGUUACCAGUGUGAGGAGAUGACACACGACUGCUCCACACCAGAGUUCAUAGUCAACUGUACAGUGAAUGUGCAGGACACGUGCCAGAAGGAGGUUCUAGUGAAGGACGACGGAAUGCACUACCGUAAGUCCUGCGCCUCAUCAGGAGCCUGUCUUAUCGCUUCCUCUGGCUACCAGCAGUUCUGUACGGGCAAGCUCAACUCCGUGUGCAUCACCUGCUGCAACACACCACUGUGUAACGGACCCCGGCAGAAGAAACGGCCUCAAUCAUCAUCUGCCAUCACCAUAAACGCACUACAGCUCCCUGCAUGUUCCGUCUUUGUUCUCCUGCUGCUGGUCUCAAUCCUGUGCUGACACACCUUUGUACAGAGUCAAAAUGCGUGUUGAAAAACUGACAGCAGAGACAUUUUGAACUGGAACUCUACACGGACAGACUUGCUUUGAAAUAUAUAAAUGUGGGGGAGCUUUAAGCUGUCUGUGCUGUUGAGUUUGUGAAUUUUCUUCUGAGCUGGAACAUUUACACAGUUACAUAAAAAAAUAGUAGAAACUAGGUGACAUCAAAACCAUGACUGUGGGUUGUUUCAGGACAAUCGGGGUAGAGAAAAAGCUUUUACCAGGAAAAAUUGGCUGGACACAUCAACACCAUUAGUCCUUUUUAUUUACAUUAUCACAGUUUUAAAGUCCUUUUUAAAUGAGUUCAGUUAAAGGCAUCAAAUGCGUUCAUAGAAAAACAGCAUUCUGCCACUCAUUCUGUUAUAAACUCCUCUUUACUUUUUUAGAUUUGCACACAAAAUCAUGAGAGCACAUGUUCAUAUGUAAGACUAUGCCACAAAGGCUAUCAUGUUUUUAAAGGGUGCUGAACAGUUCGAUAUGAAACCAACCGGCAAGAAUUACAAGAUUCAGUACGGAACAAGAUGUAUAUGUUUCUCUGUCAGAUCUAAAGUAGCUCUCACAAAAACAAAAACAGUGAAAUGUGCCUGCAUCAAUACUGAGCAAAACUGGCUCAACAUAGGAGUCCAAACACCUGAGAACAGAUAGAUGAAGGACAAUCAAUCUGCAAGCAGCAAAGCAGCAUGUUUGUCACAAUGAGCUUGCUUGUUUAAGUUUUUAUCAUUUCUCAUUACCACAGAUGUUUGUGCUCCCUUGCGUUGAUUUGUUCAAAGACCUCAGAACGAUCUGACUGUUAGACAGAAUUGCCCAAUAAAAGGAAACAAAACAUAAUCAACAUGGGAUGACAAAUUGCAUCAAUUUUCCCAAUUACUGAAAUGAAAUAUAUAAGGUAAAUAUAUAGAAACUAUGUUCAUAUGCUGAUUAUAAAGUUUUUGAUAUAUAAAGUGUUUAACUCAUUUUCUGUUUCUUUCAAAGAUUCCCUUUGAAACAAAAGUGCAAAUUUUAAAAGCACCACAGAUAUCCAGGUGAAUAGUUGUGGGCUGACUGUGAUUAAGGCACAUAUUAGCACUGACUCAUCUGAGGUUCAGUUGUCUAUCUGGCACAUUUGGGGACCUUUUCCCGAAUAACUCAGCAAGCCCACCAUCCUCUGUGGGAUCCAUCCGCUUUGACAGCUGGCUAGAGGAUGACGAGCCAGUUUUCAAAGUGCCUUUGCAAUGUUCAAGGACUGAUGUUUUCUUUAAAUGAAAAGGAGAAGUUUGUGACAUUAAGUAUAAGUGCGGUAAUUAGGAAAGGAUGAUCAAAAAGAAAAACACCAAAUAUGGCAAUUCUUUAUAAGAAUGUAAUAGGGGUUAAACAGUUCACACCAGCAAAAUUAUUUGACUUGCAAAAGUAAAAGUCUGUUUAUGAAUCUGAAUACUGAAAUAUGUGUGUUUAUAGAAGCUCUUUCUUGUUUUACAAUAAAUACUUUUAUUUAAAGUUUUUCAUAUUUAUAGGUGAUUUAAACAUUUAAUGUAUUUGUGUGUGUUUUUUUAUGUUUAGACAUACCUUAAUGGUCACAUUUUCCUAAGUCUGUUGUUUUGCAGCCGUUUCUGCUAUACAGCUGCUGUUUUUAUAGUCAUUCUAAACAGGGAGUGCAUUUGUGUAAAUAGCAUUAGCAUUUCUGAAUGGGCCUUAGUGGCAAAAAGAAUGUUCAUAUAAUAUAGUGGAACCCAUUAGUUCAACUGUUUACCAUUAUUUAAAAGAAAGGGAUUUUAUUUUUGAUUAAAUUGAAUAGAGUUUGUUAUAACAAUUUUUGACCCAGUUACCAUGUGACCUUCUUUAAUCAAGCUUACAUUGUGUCUAAGAUGUGAGGAACGUUCCUAGUGAUGUUUUCUGUCCUUAUAAAGUAUUUUUCUGUAGUGUCCCUGUUUAUGAUGAUGCUAAAAAGACACAGUGGAGCGUUAGAGUUUUUAGCCAUGUUUGUUUUAUUGCAUUAAACUGUACAACACAUCAUA